UGCUGGAGCACCAAAAGUCGCCCUCCAGUGAUACAAAACAAGCUCAGGCAAAAGGCAAACCAACCAGUGCAGGUGAACGACCGCCACCGCCAGUGCCACAAACCACGCACACACAAAGACAACGCAAGACACCCGACGACACCACUCGACCUCACCAACCCCCCCCCCCGCUUCCAAGCACACCAACCAUGGCUGACGUUGUUGAGGACGAAGUUCUUACCGGCUACGACGAGGACGUCGAGCAGACGACCGUUGCCGACCUCGAGGCCGAGAAGCCAAAGGACGUCAAGGGCUCCUACUCUGGUCUCCACAGCGCUGGUUUCAAGGACUUUUCCCUCAAGCCCGAGCUGCUGCGCGCCAUCCGCGACUGCGGUUUCGAGCACCCUUCUGAGGUCCAGCAGGAGUGCAUCCCUCAGGCGCUGAUUGGCACAGACGUCAUCUGCCAGGCCAAGAGUGGUAUGGGUAAGACUGCCGUCUUUGUCAUCUCCGUGCUUGACCAGCUCAAGCCCGUUGAUGGCGAGGUCAGCUGCCUCGUCCUCUGCCACGCCCGCGAGCUGGCCGAUCAGAUCCACAAGGAGUUUGAGCGCUUCGCCGCACACAUGAGCCCCACUGUCCGCAGUGAGGUCUUCUACGGUGGCAUCAAGCUUUCCUCCAACAUUGAGAAGCUCCGCAACCCACCGCACGUCGUUGUGGGCACCCCUGGCCGCCUGUACCAUCUCAUGGAGGAGGGCCACCUGAAGCUUGGCAACGUCAAGUUCUUUGUCAUUGACGAGUGCGACAAGGUUCUCAAGCCCGACGCCCGCUCCAUCGAGAAGGGCUCCGACGGCCUUGACAUGCGCCGCAAGGUGCAGGCCCUUCACAUGAAGUGCCCCCGCAACAAGCAAGUCAUGAUGUUCACCGCCACCCUCGACAAGGAGACCCGUGGCCUCUGCCGCAAGUUUAUGAACAACCCAAUGGAGGUGUGCGUCGACGACGACGCCAAGCUCAAGCUUCGCAGCCUGAAGCAGUACUACGUGAAGCUGACUGAGGACGAAAAGACGCGCAAGCUGCUCGACCUCCUGGAUGCGCUUGAGUUCAACCAGGUUGUCAUCUUCCUCAGCUCCCAGGCCCGCGUCCGCGUCCUCGCCAAGCUCCUCGAGCAGGAGAACUUCCCCGUCAAGGCCAUCCACGGUGGCAUGCGCCAGGAGCACCGUCUGGAGAACUACCGCGAGUUUAAGAGCUUCAAGGCCCGCAUCCUCGUGGCCACGGAUGUGUUCGGCCGCGGCAUGGACAUUGAGCGCGUCAACAUUGUCAUUAACUACGACAUGCCCGAGGACACCGACACAUACCUGCAUCGCGUUGCGCGUGCUGGUCGCUUUGGCACCAAGGGUCUCGCCAUCACCUUUGUGUCCACGCCCGAGGAGGCUGAGAUUCUCAACAAGACACAGGGCCGCUUCGACGUUGACAUUGCGGAAAUGCCCGCCACCCUCGACAAGUCCGAAUACAUGGCGGACGACGAGGCCUAAGCUCGCUCAGCUCCCCGAGGCACCCGAAUCUUGCAGCCGGCGCACACGUUCGCAGCUGCUUUUCCUUCUUCCUUGCCUAUGCAGUCAUUCAAUUGACCGUGUUUGAAUCUCUCAACCCCGUGAUGUUCUGUCUUCCUUCUCCCUUUUGUCCCCAACGCAUGAAGGCUUACGCGGCCACUUCUCGCGCAUCGUGGCUCCCUCGCGGUUGAUGCCCUUGGAUCGUGUUCUGGUUGUUGUCUGUUCUAGUUUCACUGGCUGUGCACUCCCCCACCCCCGUUUAUGUUCUGAAAAAAGCAAUACAAGACACAACCCUC